AUGAAUUUUUCAACACGGUUAGAAAAAACUGAACUUGUUACAUUUGUAACAAUUGCCUUGGCUAAUUUUUUAAUUUUUAUUGGUCUCAUAACUCCUAAUUGGCAGGUCGCAGAGGAUACUGAUGUCCAUCGAACAGUUAGUUCCGGUUUAUGGUUAUAUUGUCCUGGGGCUGGGCAAUGUUGGUAUAUUUUUAGUGAUGAUGUAGUGAAUUACUAUGAAAAAGUUGAUGUUUGUAGAUUUUUAUUAAUUGGUGAUUGUAGAAAAAAACUAUUACGAACACCAUACUUUUUUGGGUGGCAUUAUGCUGUCCUGACACUAGUAAUAAUUGCUUUAAUCUUAUCUGAUGCCUCACUUGUUGGUGUUGCUUUGGCUUAUUUUAAGCCAAAAUUUAGAAAAAUUGGAACAAUUAUCCUUGAUUCAGCUAUUUGUUUAUCUUGUCUUGUACUUGGAAUAGGAUUAGCGGUAUUUGUAAUUAAUGCAGAAAUGUUAGAAAGUAGAUAUUUAAUAGGAGUUCAAAAUACAUUUGAGAAAUCAUAUGGUUAUUCUUUUUAUCUUGCCUCAUUUGGUUUAUUUAUAAUGGUGAUAGGUUUAUUUGGUGCAAUAAUGUGUACAACACUAGUAUUCUUUUCUGAAGAUGGUAAUAUUUCAAAUGUUCCUGGAUAUAAUGAAAAUGAUUCUAAGAUUAAAUUAAGAAAUACAGGAUCAGUAAAUAGAUAUACAGGGCAUCCACCAUCACCUGUAUCAAAUUAUCAAGCAAUGAGAGAAAUCACCCCUUUUUCAUACAACGGAAGUAUGACAACGGAUAACUUUAAUGAUAAUGAUUUUAGUGAAGGGACUUUAACGGGCUCCGUACAAUUAGAAAAUUUUUCUAUAGGUCUAAGACAUACAGGAGAAAACACAUCAAGAACCUAUUUUAGCUAUUAA